AUGUCUCCUGAUUGGUCGUAUUUGAAAACAUCCAACUUUCUUCAAUUUAGAUUUGGAUUCCCGAACCCCGUGAACUACAACGAUAACGAGCUGUAUUGUGGCGGGUUUUCCGUCCAAUGGGAUGAAAACAAAGGAAAAUGCGGGGUUUGCGGGGACAGGUUUGACGAACCUAUCCCCCGGUCCCACGAGGGCGGCGGCAAAUAUGGAAACGGAAUUAUUGGAAGACGAUACAGCAUGGGGCAGACUAUUGAUAUUGAAAUAGAUAUCAGUGCUAACCAUUGGGGACAUUUUGAACUAAAACUCUGCCCAAUCAAUGGAAAAAACACUAUCGCCACCCAGGAGUGUUUUGACAAGCACCCUCUUGUACUGGCAAAUAAUGUUAGAUCUCAUAAGUUCUAUGUUCCUUUAGACUCUCCUAAGAUCACAGUGUUCAACUACAAAGUGAAUCUACCGAUUGGUGUGACAUGUUCUCAGUGUGUUAUGCAGUGGACUUAUUAUACAGGAAACACCUGGGGUGUCUGCAGCAACGGAACCGAAGGGAUGGGGUGCGGGUAUCAGGAGACCUUCAGAAACUGUGCUGAUGUUCAAAUCAAUUCUCUGGUUGGAGCUUUUCCACCAUCAGUCCUACCUACACUACCUGUAAUCUACCCAACCUUUUAUAAUCUCCAGAGCCAACAGCAAACCGGUUUAUCAAUUAACCCGCUGGUGGUUACAGCUAGAGUGUGUUUGGCUACUCCAGCUUAUGCUAGCAUCACAGGAAUGGAUGAUUUCUGUCAGAAGAAUUGUCUCUCCUAUCCUCCAAACUGUCCAGAGGAUCGAUGCUACUGUUUAUCCCACUGCGAGGCUACAGGCCGGUUAGCUGGACAGGAAGGUACAGAUGUCUUCUGCCACAGGAACUGCCUACGCUACCCUCCACACUGUCCUGAGGACUCCUGCAAGUGUUUCAAGGCGAAUAGUCCUGCUCGGAUUGUUUCUCAAGUGCCUGCUUCCUUCUUUGUGCAGCAAAUCAAUGGAUAAACUCGUGGCAAUAGUUUUUAUUUAUCCUUCUGAACCAGAGUAACUAGUUCAUAUUCAUCUUAUUAAUCCUUCUGAACCAGAGUAACUAGUUCAUAUUCAUUUUAUUUAUCCUUCUGAACCAGAGUAACUAGUUCAUAUUCAUCUUAUUUAUUCUUCUGAACCAGAGUAACUAGUUCAUAAUCAUCUUAUUUAUCCUUCUGAACCAGAGUAACUAGUUCAUUUUCAUCUUAUUUAUCCUUCUGAACCAGAGUAACAAGUUCAUAUUCAUCUUAUUUAUCCUUCUGAACCAGAGUAACAAGUUCAUAUUCAUCUUAUUAAUCCUUCUGAACCAGAGUAACUAGUUCAUAUUCAUCUUAUUUAUUCUUAUUGUAAAGGAUUAAAUAAGCGAUUUAUAUUUU